GACAGGAGGCUCCUGAGGCUGCGUCCAGGUUGUGUGCUGCCCUAGGUCUGCAGUUCCCCUGGGCGAGGACUGCAGUCAUGGCCCAGUCACAGACUUUGGUUCUCAACGUCCCCGAGACACCCGAGGAUCACGACAGCCCCUGUGAGGAGAGUGAGGUGCAUGACUCCUUCCACCAGCUCAUUCAGGAGCAGAGCCUGCGGGUGGCCGAGGAGGGUCUGGAGCUGCUGCAGGUGGCAGGAGACCCGGGGGCCUCGGCCAGCGCUCACCAGGUGCUGCUGGGAGACUCGAGUGGCCCGGUCUACAGCACGGCCACGCUUAGCAUCCUGGCCAGCAUGCCCAGCCGCACCAUCGGCCGCAGCCGAGGGGCCAUCCUCUCCCAGUACUACAACCGCACGAUACAGCUGCGGCGCAGGAGCAGCCGGAGCAGCCGUCCUCCGCUGGGGCCUGUGGUGUGCUCCGCCCGGCCCAGCCUCCGCCUGUACGACCUGGAGCUGGACCCCGCAGCCCUGCAAGAGGAGGAGAAGCGGAGCCUCCUGGUGAAGGAGCUGCAGGGCCUGUCGGCGGCCCAGCGGGACCACAUGCUCCGAGGGAUGCCCGUGAGCCUGCAGGAGAAGCGCUUCCUGCGAGAGAAGAGCCGCAUCCCAAGGGGGAAGCAGAGGGCCCGCCAGGGCCGUGACGGGCUCUGCUGCUGCAGCCAGCUGCGCUACACCUGUGCCCUGGCCCUGCACAACCUGGGACUGGUGCUUCUCACCUGCCUGCACGCCUUGAAACCCUGGCGCUACGCCCUGAAGCAGAUCGGGGGCCAGUUCGGUUCCAGCGUGCUCUCCUACUUCCUGUUCCUCAAGACCCUGCUACUCUUCAAUGCACUGCUGCUGCUGCCGCUGGUGGCCUUCCUGGUGGCCGUGCAGGCGGCCUUCCCCCCUGAGGCACGGCCUGUCCCCGCCUGCACGGGGCUGGAGCUCCUCACAGGCGGGGGCUGCUUCACCCACACCGUCAUGUACUACGGCUACUACCGUAAUACCACGCUGAGCGUGCCGUGCGGCUCCCCGCAGUGUGGCCCCGGAGCGGGCACCCUGCCGUACAACAUGCCCCUGGCCUACCUCUUCACCGUGGGGGCAGCCUUCUUCCUCACCUGCUUCACCCUGGUGUACAGCAUGUCCCACGCUUUCGGGGAGAGCUACCGGGUGGGCAGUACCAAGGGUGUCCAUGCCAUCACUGUCUUUUGCUCCUGGGACUACAAGGUGACCCAGAGGUGGGCCUCCCGCCUCCAGAGGGACAACAUCCGCACCCAGCUGAAGGAGCUGCUGGCCGAGUGGCAGCUGCGCAGGGCUUCCCGGAGCGUGUGUGGGCGGCUGCGGCAGGCCACCGUGCUGGCCGUGGUGUGGCUGCUGUGCCUGGGAGCUGCAAUGGGCUGUGCGGUGGCCGUCCUCGCCUUCUCGGAGGUCACAAUCCAGAGCCCCGUGGUGGCCGGCCAGGAGGCAGGGCUGCUGGUCCUGCCCCUGGGUGUCUCCCUCCUUAACCUGGGCGCUCCCUACCUGUUCCGUGGCCUGGCCACCCUGGAGCAGCACGACUCCCCGGUGCUGGAGGUGUACAUGGCCAUUUGCAGGAACCUCGUCCUCAAGAUGGCCAUCCUGGGCGUGCUCUGCUACCACUGGCUGGGCCGCAGGGUGGCCACCCUGCAGGGUGGGUGCUGGGAGGACUUCGUGGGCCAGGAGCUGUACCGCUUCCUGGUGAUGGACUUCGUCUUCGCACUUCUAGACUCACUUUUGGGGGAGCUGGGGUGGAGGCUCAUCCUGGAGAAGAAACUCCGGAGGCGGAAGCCUGAGUUUGACAUCGCGAAGAACGUGCUGGACCUCAUUUAUGGGCAGACCCUGACCUGGCUAGGCGUCCUCUUCUCGCCUCUGCUGCCUGCCGUGCAGAUCCUCAGGCUGCUGGUCCUCUUCCAGGUCAAGAAGGCGAGCCUGCUGGCGAACUGCCAGGCGCCCCGCAGGCCCUGGCUGGCCUCGCACAUGAGCACCGUGUUCCUCACCCUGCUCUGCUUCCCCUCCUUCCUGGGUGCCGCUGUCUUCCUGUGCUACGCCGUGUGGCAGGUGAAGCCUUCGGACACCUGCGGCCCCUUCCGGACCCUGCGCACCAUGUACGAGGCAGGCACCGUGUGGGUGCGACACCUGGAGCAGGCGGGCCCCGGGGCCCAGUGGCUGUCCUGGCUGCGCCGGUACCUGGUGGAGAACACCUUCUUCCUCUUCUUGGCGUCCGCCCUGCUGAUGGCAGUCAUCUACCUCAACAUCCAGGUGGUGAAAGGCCAGAGGAAGGUCAUCUGCCUCCUCAAGGAGCAGAUCCGCAACGAGGGGGAGGACAAAAUCUUCUUGAUCAACAGGCUUCAUGCUGUCUAUGAGAGGAAGGAGAGGAGCAGGGUUGGCAGAGCUGUGGAGGCUGAGACAGCUGCCCUGGUCACAGAUGCUGGGGACAGAUGAUGGGUCAGCAAGGAGCCGUCUGACACCCCCGCCAUCCUCAGUGCCAUGGUCCUGUGGGCAGAGACGUGGACCUGACGCCCCGACAGAGACACGGUGGUGCAGUGGUGGCUUCUGCAGUGUGUAGCUGGGCCCAGAUGGAGCUAGAAGGGUGGGCGGUGGGCUUGGCUCCCCACAGACGCUCCUUCCCCUGCCUGGCCCUGCCCUGGGAUGUUAUUUAUUCCAAUUAAAUGGAUUUUGCAAAAUGGA